ACAUAAGACAUACCCUUUAUAUAGUUCUAUGGAUUAUACAAUCAUGUAUUUUAACCUUUAUGGACCCUCUGAGAAUGGACACCUUUGUACAAUUUACCCAGAGCAGGAUCAGAACCCGGGAUUCCUCACCAAGCCCAAGACGCUAAGAUUUCUGUUGUGUUUGACUAGUUUGUUUAGGGGACAUCUGUUGUGGGUGGCCUGGUACUUUCUUUAGAAAAGCUUAAUCCUAUGAAAGUAAUUUACUAGCUAUCCCCGGACACAGCGGUCCUGUUUUCCCUCACCGUGAACAAGUAUGGCAGUUUCUUCAAUCUUUACAAUCUUUACGGCAGAAGUGGGCGGCGCAGAGGUGGAAAUUAAUUCCAAGCUUAAAGCCCUACUGCCAGGCAGCCAGGGAGGCAAGCUUUGGCUCCGCCCCGGUACCGGGUAAAGUGGGGGCAGUGCCUCUGGUAAUUGGCACCCCUCAACUUCCUCAGGCACCAGGCCUUUUAAAAAUAUCUGACUCAGUCAUCACAUCACGAAGGUCUCUUUCAACUCAGGAUUCAGCCAUAUUUCCAUACGGAAGAAAAAAAAAAGUCCAGCGCGAUUGGCACCCGAAAGGUCAAACUUGUCCAGGGACCGCCAGAAGGCCGCAGUAACCAAUGAACUCUUGCUACGUCACAGACCCCACCUUCAAACCGGCAGCUACCUCCGCCACGCGUCGCUGACCCGGAACUAAAAGCACUGCGCGGCGCCGAAUCCUGGCGUCAUUUCCACUACAACGAUGGCGGCACAGGGAGCUGCUGCGGCGGUUGCGGCGGCUACUUCAGGGGUCGCGGGGGAGAGCGAUCCCGGGCCCGGGGAGAAUGCGGCGGUCGAGGGGGCCGCCCCGUCCCCGGGCCGCGUCUCUCCUCCGACCCCGGCGCGCGGCGAGCCGGAAGUCACCGUGGAGAUCGGAGAAACGUACCUGUGCCGACGUCCGGAUAGCACCUGGCAUUCUGCUGAAGUGAUUCAAUCUCGAGUGAACGAUCAGGAGGGCCGAGAGGAAUUCUAUGUACACUACGUGGGCUUUAACCGGCGACUGGACGAAUGGGUAGACAAGAACCGGCUGGCGCUGACCAAAACAGUAAAAGAUGCCGUGCAGAAGAACUCAGAGAAGUACCUGAGCGAGCUGGCUGAGCAGCCUGAGCGCAAGAUCACUCGCAAUCAAAAGCGCAAGCAUGAUGAGAUCAACCAUGUGCAGAAGACCUAUGCAGAGAUGGACCCCACAACAGCAGCCUUGGAAAAGGAACAUGAGGCGAUCACCAAGGUGAAGUAUGUGGACAAGAUCCACAUCGGGAACUACGAAAUCGAUGCCUGGUACUUCUCACCGUUCCCCGAGGACUAUGGGAAACAGCCCAAGCUGUGGCUCUGCGAGUACUGCCUUAAGUACAUGAAAUUCGAGAAGAGCUACCGCUUCCACUUGGGCCAGUGUCAGUGGCGGCAGCCCCCAGGGAAGGAGAUCUACCGCAAGAGCAACAUCUCUGUGUAUGAGGUAGAUGGCAAAGACCACAAGAUUUACUGUCAGAACCUGUGUCUGCUGGCCAAGCUUUUCCUGGACCACAAGACAUUGUACUUCGACGUGGAGCCCUUCGUCUUUUACAUCUUGACUGAAGUGGACAGGCAGGGGGCCCACAUUGUUGGCUACUUCUCUAAGGAGAAGGAGUCUCCAGAUGGGAACAAUGUGGCCUGCAUCCUGACUCUGCCCCCCUACCAGCGCCGUGGCUAUGGAAAAUUCCUCAUUGCUUUCAGUUAUGAGCUCUCCAAGCUAGAGAGCACAGUAGGCUCCCCUGAGAAGCCACUGUCUGACUUGGGCAAGCUCAGCUACCGCAGCUACUGGUCUUGGGUCCUGCUGGAGAUCCUGCGAGACUUCCGGGGCACAUUGUCCAUCAAGGACCUCAGUCAGAUGACCAGCAUCACCCAGAAUGACAUCAUCAGCACCCUGCAGUCCCUCAAUAUGGUCAAGUACUGGAAGGGCCAGCAUGUGAUCUGCGUCACACCCAAGCUGGUAGAAGAACACCUCAAAAGUGCUCAGUAUAAGAAACCACCCAUAACAGUGGACUCUGUCUGUCUCAAGUGGGCCCCCCCCAAGCACAAGCAAGUCAAACUCUCCAAGAAGUGAGUGGCCUGUGCCCCUGCUGCUGGACCUUUGCCUCCUUGUCCCCUAGCCUGUAAAUAUGUACAAACUUGUUUCGUCGUUGUUUUUUUUUUUUUUUUUUUUUUAAUAAAGUAAGUUCUGCCAGUG